CAGCACACGCCCGGGGCAGGUGAAUGAGCGAUUGGGGUGCAGUGACGGAGUCCGAGCGGCAGGGAUAACCUGGGCUCACAGCACACGCCCGGGGCAGGUGAAUGAGCGAUUGGGGUGCAGUGACGGAGUCCGAGCGGCAGGGAUAACCGGGGCUCACAGCACACGCACGGGACAGGUGCAUGAGCGAUUGGGGUGCAGUGACGGAGUCCGAGCGGCUGGGCUAACCGGGGCUCACAGCACACGCCUGGGACAGGUGAAUGAGUAAUUGGGGUGCAGUGACGGAGUCCGAGCGGCAGGGCUAACCGGGGCUCACAGCACACGCCUGGGACAGGUGAAUGAGCGAUUGGGGUGCAGUGACGGAGUCCGAGCGGCUGGGCUAACCGGGGCUCACAGCACACGCCCGGGGCAGGUGAAUGAGCGAUUGGGGUGCAGUGACGGAGUCCGAGCGGCAGGGCUAACCGGGGCUCACAGCACACGCCCGGGGCAGGUGAAUGAGCGAUUGGGGUGCAGUGACGGAGUCCGAGCGGCAGGGCUAACCGGGGCUCACAGCACACGCCCGGGGCAGGUGAAUGAGCGAUUGGGGUGCAGUGACGGAGUCCGAGCGGCAGGGCUAACCGGGGCUCACAGCACACGCCUGGGACAGGUGAAUGAGCGAUUGGGGUGCAGUGACGGAGUCCGAGCGGCAGGGCUAACCGGGGCUCACAGCACACGCCCGGGACAGGUGAAUGAGCGAUUGGGGUGCAGUGACGGAGUCCGAGCGGCAGGGCUAACCGGGGCUCACAGCACACGCCCGGGGCAGGUGAAUGAGCGAUUGGGGUGCAGUGACGGAGUCCGAGCGGCAGGGCUAACCGGGGCUCACAGCACACACCCGGGGCAGGUGAAUGCUUUGCCUGGGUUCCCAGUUCUGCCUUGUACUCUGUGGCUGUGGGCAGCCCUUUGAACUCAGCCCCCCAUUGGUUCGCCCCGAGGCGUUAUGGCUGUUUAAGAUCCCAGCGUAAAGCAUUGUUCAAGGGUUGCCCCUUCCCUUCGUUAGGCUCACUAAUCUCAGAUGCGCCCAGCCUCCGGGAUCAGGCUCUACCAAGGCUGUUCCUGCUUUUUCUUCCUGCUUCCCGCCCCACGUCCGUCUGAUCUAGUUAGGUUGUAAGCGCUUCGGGACAAGAACUUGCUCACUGUCUGCAGCGCCCAGCACAAGGGGGCCUCGAGGUGCUACCCUAAGCUACCCCUUGGCCAGGGGUGGGGCAGCCACUAGUCCAUCCUGGCCCCUGAGAAGCCAUGAGCCGGGCCUAGCUCAGGCUCUCAGCCAUGGAUGCUGGCUGAGCCUGACCCAGGAACAGGAGAGGAAAAGGAAAGGAAAACGCACUCCUGCCAGGGAGCAAGCGCAGUCAGAGCUGGCUGGCACCUCGCAGGUUAAUUGUGAGAGCAGCCGAUUCCCUUAUUGACAGGGUAGCUUGAAAAAUGCUGAGGCAGGACAUCCGUUACACAGAGUGUCAGAGCAGGAGCCCACACUCCCAGCUCUGCCGUGCACGCGUUCACUCUCCCCGCCACACGUUCCCCUCCCUUCCCCGGCAGCCCAUCCAGCCCCCCACAACAAACCUGGCAACUUGGCCCCCAGUCCUUCAGCCUGGCUCCUCGCGCUGCACUCCCAGCCUGAGUCCAGCAGCCCCUGCACUCCCAGCCAGCUGUACUCUACCUCCGCAGGAGGAGCAGGUCCAGCCUCGCUCGCUUUUCCUCUCUUCCUUUUUCUCCUAAGGACACCCAAGAGGAUUUCUUUUUGGUCCCUCCCCCUGUUUUUAAUAUCGAAUCAGCUCCCCUCACCCCCACCCUUCCUCGCGCUGUGACUCGUGCUGGGGAGCUGGGGGCUCGCUCCUUGCCCUGCCCAAGUUGGAAUCCUUUCUGCGACCCUCGCACCACGAGCAGCUGAGCGCCAGCGCCAUGGACACUGAUGGCCAGCUCUGACGUGCAUGGCGGCCUGUGGCGAGUGACCGCGCUGUGCCGGCGAGGGAUCCGAGCCGAUAGGGCACUGCUGCCAAGGCACCCGCCAGCACCGGGGACAGAGAGCCUGCGAGGGAGCACAGUGCAGGGCGCCUCAGCCAGCUGCGCGGGGAGCGGAAGGGGAACCCCACACCCUCUCAUUGCGCUGCUAGGCCAGCUGACCCGAUUGCUCCUCUCUGGUGCUGCGCAUCCCCGCUGCCGACAUGAUGAUGUAUUUCUGGGGUAAUCAGGACGCCACGGCUCCUCCUGAAGCAAUGGCUCAGCCCUACCCCCCUGCCCAGUAUCCUCCGCCUCCCCAGAAUGGAAUCCCUGCGGAGUACGCCCCCCCGCCCCCCCACCCCACACAGGACUACUCGGGGCAGAGCACGGUACCGGAGCACCCCAUAACCCUCUACACCCCAGCACAGAGCCACGCCGAGCAGCCGGGCGCUGACGCCAGCACGCAGUCCAUAGCGGGGACGCAGCCGGUAUCGGUAAGAGCCCCUGUGGAGCCCCGGGUGGGCAGCAGGGCCUUUCAGCAGACAGAUGAAGCUGCGCAGACAGAGAGCCAACAGCUCCAUUCCUCAGAAAACACAGACAAGCAGCAGCCCAAGAGGUUACACGUCUCCAACAUCCCCUUCCGGUUCCGGGAUCCAGACCUGCGGCAAAUGUUCGGGCAAUUCGGGAAGAUCCUCGACGUGGAGAUUAUUUUCAAUGAGCGGGGCUCCAAGGGUUUUGGGUUUGUAACUUUUGAAACUAGCACAGAUGCCGACCGGGCACGAGAGAAGCUGAAUGGCACAAUCGUAGAGGGACGGAAAAUUGAGGUGAAUAACGCCACAGCCCGAGUCAUGACCAACAAAAAGGCUGCAAAUCCCUACAUCAAUGGCUGGAAGCUGAACCCGGUGGUGGGAGCUGUCUACAGUCCUGAAUUCUAUGCAGUAACAGGGUUCCCGUACCCAGCCACGGGGACAGCCGUGGCAUACCGAGGGGCGCACCUACGGGGCCGGGGGCGUGCUGUCUACAACACGUUCCGCGCCGCACCCCCACCUCCACCUAUCCCCACCUAUGGCGCGGUCGUUUAUCAGGAUGGAUUCUAUGGCGCUGAAAUUUACGGGGGUUAUGCAGCCUACAGAUACGCCCAGCCAGCGGCGGCGGCAGCAUACAGCGACAGCUACGGCAGAGUGUACGCAGCCGCAGACCCAUACCACCACACCAUCGGCCCUGCCGCCACGUACAGCAUCGGCACCAUGGCUAGUCUAUACCGAGGAGGGUACAGCCGCUUCACUCCCUACUAGCAAGACACCCAGCCCCUCACAACACUAACACUGACUGCUCACUAGAAACCAAACAAACCAAACUAAGCCAAGGCAGAGCCUCCCGGAAGAACACGGUGCCCCUGCCAGGGGCCAGGGCUCCGCCUGGCACCUAGAACCAUAGGUCUUUACCUCAAGCUGCUCUCAUCCCACGGCUCUUUGCUCACCCACCUGUCUGGCUGAACUGACUGUGUUGCAAAGCAGGCAGCCUGGCCACUGCCCUGCUGCAGGGCUAGGGCGCGUCCUGCUCUCCCUAGACGUACAACCAGCAGCAAACCACGGGAGAGAGCCCAGGCUAAGCCCCCUCCUCUGCCCCCGCUGCCAGGAACUCGUGAAGUCCAAAGGCCAGGGCGUUCCAGGAGAGCGCAGAGCCGCGCCUGGCUUGGCACAGUCCUCCAUUCCCUGGGCCUCUUCACUGCCCCAGCUCCCUCCAGCAUCUCUGCGGCAGGCAAGCCUGCUCCUGCUAGGCUGGGCUUGUUCUUCUCGUGCAGGUGCCUGACCACAGCCGGGGCCCCUGGGCAGGGCACUGCUCACCCAAGGGAAAGGAGUGGAGGGUUUGUCCCUUAGGAUAAUGGGCUGGGAACCCCGCCCGUCUCAGGAGCUGUGGGCAAGGCGGAGGGUGCAGGGUAUAGCACUAGCAGGGACAGCUGAGAGUGGGGGGCAAUGAGCGUGGCCCCACCCCUAGACUACGCUGGGGAGUAGCACCUGCCAUCCCUCUGCACAGCCUCUGGCCAAGUCUUGGAACCCCCCAUGUGCGCCUGGCUCUGGGGAGCAGCAGCCCCUCUAGCUCAGGUGCACAUCAUCGUCAUAACAUCUGGGGGAGGGGUGGCCUGUGUUUCAGGCCAGGGGAUGCCCUAGUGCCAGAGGCCAGCUGGGGUUAGCUUUUUGUCCCGGGCCCAGCCACACCCACCCCCUUCAGUCACUACGGGGGAGAGAGAGACUGGAGUCAAGGGCCAGACUGCUCUGUGGGCCCGGCUCGGGAGAGAAGAGCCUUUGGGUGCAGGCCCAGCGGGGGGGGGAGCUCAUCCAUCUGCCCGGGCAUUUCUGGGGGGACAACAGCCCCCGCUACACAAUCCUGGAGCAGCUUUGGAAGGAACCCCACCCCACCUCCCCCUGGUGUUUGCUGAGCUGCCCCUGGCACUGGCAGUCCAUGCACGGGGCACAGGGGACGCUGUGUGGCUGAGCUGCCCCCGGCGCUGGCAGUCCAUGCGCACGGGACAGGGGACGCUGUGUGGCUGAGCUGCCCCCGGCGCUGGCAGUCCAUGCACGGGGGACGGGGGACGCUGCGUGGCUGAGCUGCCCCCGGCGCUGGCAGUCCAUGCGCACGGGACAGGGGACGCUGUGCAGGGGACAGGGGACGCUGCGCGGCUGAGCUGGGCCCGGCGCUGGCAGUCCAUGCACGGGGGACAGGGGACGCUGCGCGGCUGAGCUGCCCCCGGCGCUGGCAGUCCAUGCACGGGGGACAGGGGAUGCUGCGUGGCUGAGCUGCCCCCGGCGCUGGCAGUCCACGCGUGGGGGACGGGGGACGCUGCGUGGCUGAGCUGGCACUGGCACUGGCAGUCCAUGCGCACGGGACGGGGGACGCUGCGCGGCUGAGCUGCCCCCGGCGCUGGCAGUCCACGCGCGGGGGACGGGGGACGCACGGCUGAGCUGCCCCCGGCGCUGGCAGUCCAUGCACGGGGGACAGGGGACGCACGGCUGAGCUGCCCCCGGCGCUGGCAGUCCACGCGUGGGGGACGGGGGACGCUGCGUGGCUGAGCUGGGCCCAGGGUUGGGGGCUGGAGUCCAGCGUCCCUGCCUGCCUGCACCCCGUGGGCCCUGCUCUCUGCUCCCAGGUGGCUCCAGUGAAAGUUCUGCCUCUGUUUGUGUUAUAGUGACACCACAGCUGUUUCCUUCUGGGACCAGGAAAGGCAAAACAAAUUAAAAACAAAGCAACAAAACAAAGAGGCAACCAACCAACCGAGUCCCAUACUGUCCACACACAUGCACCGAGCAAGCAGGUCCAGCAGGAGGCGCUGCACCCGCCUGAGUCACGGAGAGUACACCCCGACCGGACAGCGCCACGGCCAGCUGGGCAGAGAGCCGCCCCUCUCCAACUCCACCCCUGCCCCGGCCAGCAGCCAUGUUGGGAGACUUGGGGCCCCCCUUCCCCCCCCAGCCUGCUGGCGCUUCCAGCCCAGGGCAGGGAGGGCGAGAGCGAGCAGUGCGGAGUGCUGGGACGGCCUCGGAGCGAGGACUCUGCCAGCCCAAGGCACCCGGCCUGGGCACCGCGUCUUCCUUUCUGCCCUCCCACGCCUGUGCUGUGGGUGCCAGGGCCCUGGGCAGAGCACCACAGCAGCCCGCCUCCUCCCGCAGCUUGGGGGGACUUGGCCUCAGGGUAGGAUUCUUGCUUUUCGUUUUCAGAGCUCCAAUGCUUUUGCGCUUGCUGGCCACUGGUGUGUUGAGUGUGUGAGGCCUCGGCUCUCUGAGCGGAGGUGGGAUGGUUGAUGCAGCAGCAGUUUUGCCAGGGCU